AUGGCCGACCGCCAGGGAGAGACUUGGGCCAUCAUAGGAGCAUCGCGCGGCUUGGGUCACAUGUUUGUGCAACAGCUGCUUGACGGUGGUCACCAGGUGCUUGCCUCGCUCCGAUCGCUGCCAGAGACGGCAGCAUCACUGUGGCCGAAUCAUGACGGGCGUUGCAGCGUCUAUGACUGCGAUAUGCUGAGUGAAAAAAGCAUAGCUGCUUUUGCAGACAAGCUAGGCAGAGAGCACAAUCGCAUCGACUGCGUGGUCCUCAACGCCGGUGUGCUCAGGCACCCAAAUCGAGCUACCGAACUGUCAUACGAUGACUUUGCCUUUCAUCUGCACACCAACACGAUAGGUCCAAUUAUAUGUGCACAAAGACUUCUCAAAGCUGGCAUCUCCAUCGGAAAGAUUGUUUUCAUCUCGUCUGAUUCUGGAUCUGCACAAAGGUUCCUGGACUUUGAGGAUGGAUUUGCAGCAUAUUCAGCGUCCAAAGCCGCGUUGAAUCAGGCGCUUCGCCAUAUGGCCGCUGAACUCCAACGCAAAGGCAGCGAUACUAUUGUCCUCGCGCUGCAUCCAGGGGAAGUUAACACUGAUAUGGCGAAGAAUGUAAGCCUUGAAUGGGAAGUCGAAGGACAGAUGACUCCCGCCGAGAGUGUGACGGCUUGCACUGCUGUCAUUAGAAGCAAGGGAAAAGGCGAUAGUGGGACUUUCUGGACGUGGGAGAAUGAGCCAUAUCCCUGGUAG